GCACGUGCUGCUAAUCCGUUCUAUGCACCAAUACAAUAUACAAUUUGAGUUUUUUUUAAAUAGUUUGUUUUAGUUAUGAAGAGUUUAUAGACAUACCUCAUCGAUUUGACAUUAAAAACACAGAGGAAACACUGCAUUGUAUAUACACAUGAAUGUUUUAAAUACCGUCAUUUGUUUUGUUAUAUCACGAUGCUUAUGAGGACGAUGGGACGGUUUUUCUCCAGCUCUGCUGUUUACAGCUCCAUGCAGCAAAAUCAGCGAAUAAAGCGAGUUUCCAUAGAGGGAAAUAUUGCGGUGGGGAAGUCAACAUUUGCACGACUGCUACAGAAUGCCGGACAGGACUGGGAGGUGACAUCAGAACCCAUCAGCAAAUGGCAAAACGUGAAUCACAUGUCUCAGCAGUCAAGCAGUAACCUCUUACAGAUGAUGUAUCAGGAUCCAAAGCGCUGGUCUUACACCUUCCAGACCUUCUCGUGCAUGAGUCGUCUGCGGACCCAUCUGGAACCUGCGUCUGCCAGAUUACUCCAGUCCAGAGGAACACCGGUACAGGUGUAUGAACGCUCUGUCUACAGCGACAGGUACAUCUUUGCUUUAAACAUGUUCGAGCUCUGCUGUAUAAACUCAACGGAGUGGGCCGUAUAUCAGGAUUGGCAUUCCUUUCUCGUAGAGCAGUUUGGUCAUCAGAUGCAGCUGGAAGGCAUCAUAUAUCUCCGAGCAUCUCCACAGACGUGCAUGGAGAGGUUAGGGCGACGGGGCAGGACAGAGGAACAGGGUGUUCAGCUGGAUUACCUUGAGAAACUUCACACAAGACAUGAAAACUGGCUUAUCAACAAGAGUACAAAGGUUCACUUCGAGCACCUGGAGAAGGUUCCUGUGUUGGUUCUAGAUGUCGGGGUGGAGUUUGAAAAGGAUCCUGGUGCACAGGCCACGCUUCUGACAGAGGUUGAAACGUUUUUCAGUAGAUUAUAAACGGAACCUUCCACUAAUGGACCAUUUCCUGAUGGUGGAGCGAAUGUGCAACCCAUGAGAAGAAAUGUUUGACCGCAUCACUGAUCCAAAGUUCAAAUGACUGAAUGUUAACGUCUAUUAACAGAAAAGCACAGAAAUACCAACUCGUUCAAUAACUGUUUACUGCAAAAAUGGGUUUCGUUUAUAGAAAUGCAUUGAUAGAUUCUGUAACUGAAACAUUAUAAAUACGGUUUUAAAACAUUUGCCUGUGAAAUGAUGAUAAGUGAUCAUAAUGUGAGGUGUUUAUUUGUAUAUUUUUGUGUGUUAUUCAUAGCACAAGUUUGUGCAAUAGUUACCCAGAGAUUGAUCACCAGACUAUCGGUGUAUGUUUACAACGACGCAAAGAUAGGGUGUUUUAUCUAAGAGAUUUUGUUCUGGUUUUCCACUGUACUACAGUUUUAGAUUUGCAAUGAAAUUCAGAAAUAGUUGCAGUUGUCAGGUUUUAUAUUAAAGGUUUUUUUUAGA